AAUUUUUGAGGAUAUCUGCUAAUCAGUUCCUCAUAUAAAACAGCUAGGAAUGGCAAGCGGAUUGGAAACUUUAUGUGGUCAAGCCUAUGGUGCACAACAAUAUCACAAACUUGGAAUCUACAUGUACAGAGCUAUUUUCUCACUUAUUCUAGUUUGCAUCCCCAUCUCUUUCCUAUGGAUCACAAUGGAAAAGCUUCUAUUAUUCAUCGGCCAAGACCCUCUUAUCUCAAUCGAAGCUGGAAAAUUCACGUUAUGGAUGAUCCCUGGCCUCUUUGCCUAUGCCAUUGCUCAACCUCUGAUGAAAUUCCUUCAGUCUCAAAGCUUAAUUCUACCGAUGCUUAUAAGCUCAGUCACAACUCUGUGCAUUCAUAUUCCCUUGUCUUGGUUUUUGGUGUUCAAAUAUGACUUGGGUAUUGUUGGAGCUGCUUUAUCUAUAAGCAUAUCAUAUUUGCUGUAUAUGUUUAUCCUUGGAUCGUAUAUUAUGUGCUCAGUUUCUUGUGAACCAACUCGGUCCAAACUCUCAAAGGGGGCAUUUGGUGGGAUUAAUGGGUUUUUGGGAAUAGCUUUUCCAUCUGCGGUAAUGAUAUGUCUUGAGUAUUGGUCGUUUGAGCUGCUCAUAUUGAUGUCUGGCCUCUUACCAAAUCCAGACCUUGAAACUUCAGUGCUUUCGAUAUGCCUUACUACUAUCUCCUUAAUCUACAGCAUACCAUACGGGCUCGGAGCUGCGGCAAGCACAAGAGUAUCUAAUGAACUAGGAGCUGGAAACUCAAAAGGAGCUUGCUUAGCCGUUCGUGUUGUGAUGUUUAUUACAGUAAUGGAGGCUGUUAUAGUGAGCAUAGCAUUAUUCUCUACAAGGUAUGUGUUGGGUUAUGCUUAUAGCAGCGAGAAGGAGGUUGUUGAUUAUGUCAAGGCAAUGGUCCCUCUCGUUUGUCUCUCGGUGUUCAUGGAUAGCCUACAAGGGGUUUUAUCAGGGGUUGCAAGAGGAUGUGGAUGGCAACACUUGGGUGCAUAUGUCAAUCUCAGUGCGUUCUAUCUAGUAGGAAUCCCAACUGCAAUAUUACUAGGUUUCAGAUUUCAUAUGAGAGGAAAGGGACUUUGGAUUGGUAUACUCGUUGGAUCUACAGUACAAACGAUCCUUCUUUCAUUAUUAACUAUUUUCACAAAUUGGCAGCAUCAGGCAAAAAAGGCGAGAGAACUAAUUACUAAGGAAAGUUCAGAGAACUCUACAAUAGAAAGCUUACUGAAGUGAAGGUAUACGUACCAUAUUGGUGCACUCUGAGGAUGAGUUUCUUGCUUGUAAAAUGCGAGCAGUGCAAGCGGCAAUUUUGGCAAGCUUGUGUUUGUGUUGAAAUUGUAAAAACACAAUGAUCAUGUAAUCAUAGUGUAUUAGUUUUGAGUAGAGUAUGAGAGGCUAUCAUGAUUUUUUAUGUUCUUUCUGAAAACUAUCAUAAACUUGUAAUUAUUGAAAACUAUCAAGAAACUUCCUGUUGUCAAAUAACAUUGCAGUCCAAUUUUA